AUGUCAGAUAGACAACGCCAACGAGCCGCCCCGGCGCCGUCAACGUCCCAAACACAAACACAGACCGGAUCACAGACAGACACACAGCGCAUCCUUCGUCUACGCGGCGGCCACAACGCAAAUGGGCGAUCAGUACAGUGGGCAGAGGACGUAGUAGACAACGAAGGCUUGGGCAGGAAGAGCUCCAAGGUUUGCUGCAUAUACCACAAGCCAAAGGGCGUAGACGAAUCCAGCGACGAGUCCUCCUCCUCGUCGGAUUCCGACACCGACUCGGAGCCGGAGAGCGGGAGGGGAGACGGCAAGAAGGUGCCCGCGUGUGAUGGUGGCCAUUCGCAUGGCCGUGCGAGGAGGCCCAAGGGCGGGCGCAGGCAGAAGAGGCCGCCGAGCCCGAAUGCGUAUGAAAAGGUGCCGAAACAGAAGCCCAAGGGGGAGUCCAAGUAA